AUGGCAGUAGCAGCAGCAGCAACAACGAGUGGUUCAAUUGGAGGAAAUGUGGCGAUGAGUGGAUAUAAUUAUUAUUCGAUGCCAGCUUAUUAUACAACACAGACUACGCCAGCAGCAACAACGAGUGGUUCAAUUGGAGGAAAUGCGGCGAUGAGUGGAUAUAAUUAUUAUUCGAUGCCAGUUUAUUGUGUAGCAUCAGUUGCACAGACGACGCUAUAUAAUCAGGCAGGAACGAUAUAUGGUGCAAGUGGAAGCAUUGGACAACCAAGUGGAUACGGUAUUCCGAUGUCUGGUUAUUAUCAAAUGCCGCAGAAUCCGUCCACUGUAAAUAGACAAUAUGGCUCUGGUAUGUUUUAUGGUCAAUAA